AAAAACACCAAAGAAAUACAAGAAGCAUAGGAAAACAAGCUGAAAAAAUCGGAUUUUUUUGUUAAUUCGUGGUUGCGUGUUAUAAUUUUUACCAGAAAAUUAAUUAAUUUCCUUAAAAAUAAAAUGUAAAUUUACAAAACUCCGCGUUUGCAACAAGUGUUUAUGACAUUUUUUACAAUUAAUCCAUAAAAAAAGGAGAAAAUUUAGCCAAUAAGUGAAGCAGUUAUACUAACAACACCCUAUAAGAAUUUUGCUGUGUUUUAAGGAAAAAAAAUCUUGCAAUUUUUUCUUAACACUACAAAAAAUAAAGCAAGAAAAAAAGAAAAUUUUAUCAAGGUUUUUGUAGUUUAAUUUGCAUUAAAAAAAUUCACACAAAACGUAAACAUGUCUUUGCCUGGCAAUGGCAUAUUUGUGGUGCGGGGCGAAAUGUCCACUUUGAUGACCGCUAUGCGUAGAGGCUCCCGUUGGAAUGCCACCUCAUACGUGGAUGAAGAAAAAGAUGGUUUAAUGAAAUUAUUUAUGGAUCUUAAGCAGGUGCUUAAUCGUAUUGAGGAUUUGCGUUUAAUAGAUCCCAAUGUAUUUUUGGCCCCAUUUCUUGAGGUCAUACGAACUGAUGAGACGACAGGGGCGGUCACUAGUUUGGCCUUAUCAACUAUAAACAAAUUUCUAUCGUAUGGUUUAAUAGAUCCCACAUCACCCAAUCUGGCCGUGAUCAUAGAAAACAUAGCUGAUGCUGUGACACAUGCCCGUUUCAUGGGCACCGAUCAAUCCUCAGACGGUGUGACACUCUUUCGUGUCGUCGAAGUAUUACACACUCUAAUGCGCAGCCCCGAGGGAUCAGUUCUCACCAAUGAAGCUGUAUGUGAAGUUAUGUUAAGUUGUUUUAAAAUCUGCUUUGAACCACGACUCAAUGAACUGUUAAGAAGAUCCGCUGAACAGGCUCUAAAAGAUAUGGUACUCUUGCUGUUUAUGCGUUUGCCCCAGUUUGCCGAUGAUCGCAGUGAAUCGGGUUUAUUGAAAAAAUUUCAAAUGCUGGCUGCCUCCAUGGAGAACGAUAAGAAGCAGCGUAAAAAAUCCCUUAAAACACAUAACACCGAAACGAAUAAUCUAAAACGUAGCCAAAGUUUAAAGGGUAGCGAUUUGACUAAAGCUGGAGCAGAAGAUCUGCAGCAGCGUAAAAUAUCAACACAUUCGCAGCCGGGAGAGGAUGUUAGCUCACUACAAACUCCCGGACCGGUGAAUCAUUUAAAAGCUCCGCCAUUGGCUACCACACCGGCCACACCAGCCGGCAAUAUAGUGGAUUUGCAGGGUAAAAUAACACAAACUCCCACCUCGGCUCUAACACAAUACAGCGAGGGCUCUGAAAUGGGUGGCGAUAGCACGCCGGUAAAUACAAAUGCUGAUAUUACCACGCCCUUAAUAUCGGUAGAACCGGCUUCACCGCCCCUCAACAACAACAAUACUGAAACUGAGACAGACAAUCGUCCGCAUUCACCACAAUCUCAGGGAGGCAGUAGUGAGUAUAUUAAUUCGGUGGGUGUACGUUUCACCCAACAAAACUCGGUAGAUGGUUCAGAAGGUAUGGCUCCCUUGGUGCCCUAUGGUUUACCUUGUAUCCAAGAACUAUUUCGUUUCUUGAUUUUGUUGUGCAAUCCCAUGGAUAAACAAAAUACGGAUACCAUGAUGCACAUGGGUUUGAAUUUGUUAACGGUUGCUUUUGAGGUGGGUGCAGACAAUAUAGGUAAAUAUGACACCUUGCUGCAAUUGGUGAGAGAUGAUUUGUGUCGUAAUUUGUUUGCGCUUAUGAAUUCCGAGCGUCUUACCAUUUUCGCUGCCGAUUUGCAAGUUUGUUUCUUGCUUUUUGAAUCCUUGAGGGGUCAUUUAAAAUUCCAAUUGGAAUUCUAUUUGCGCAAACUAUCGGAAAUCAUAGCCAGUGAUAAUCCCAAAACUCCCUAUGAAAUGCGUGAAUUGGCCUUAGAUAAUUUACUGCAACUAUGGCGCAUUCCCGGGUUUGUUACCGAGCUUUAUAUCAACUAUGACUGUGAUUUAUAUUGCAGUGAUUUGUUUGAAAGUAUUACCAAUCUAUUGUCUAAAUAUACCUUGUCCGCCACAAAUGCUGUCUACAAUACCCAUAUUAUAGCCAUGGAUACUUUGAUAUCGGUGGUGGAUAGUAUAGAGGGUAAUUGUGCGGCGGCCAAGAAUUCUAAUACUACUACGAAUGUAUCAAAAGCAGGAGAUGCUUCUAAUAGCGCUGUUAACACUCCCUCCUCAGCUCUUAGACAUUCACGCCACAAUUCCGGCCUAGAGGGCAUAGUUAUCGAUGAUCCCAACAAUAUGGAGGACACUAAAGUGGAAAAUAUUUCCAAAUUUUUAAACACUUCAACACGUUUGCGUUUGCUGUCCGGUGACACAGCUGCCGAGAAAGCCAUAACACGUGAAUAUUUGAAAGAUGUUAAGCACAAGAAACGUAUACUCAGUCAGGGCACUGAACUGUUCAAUCAACGACCCGAUAAGGGCAUACAAUUCUUACAGGAGAAUGGUAUUUUAAAUGCCCAAUUAGAUCCCAUGGAGGUGGCUUUAUUCUUACGCGAAAAUCCUGGUUUGGAUAAGAAAAUGAUUGGUGAAUAUAUAUCGAAGAAGAAAAAUGUCGAUUCGAAAAUUUUAAUGAAUUUUGUGGAGUCUUUUGACUUCAAUGGUUUGCGUGUCGAUCAGGCAUUGCGUUUGUAUUUGGAAACAUUCCGUUUGCCGGGCGAGGCACCGUUGAUAUUUUUGGUUUUGGAGCAUUUUGCAGAUCAUUGGCAUAAACAAAAUGGUGAACCCUUUGCCAAUACCGAUGCUGCCUUCAGUGUGGCCUAUGCUGUUAUUAUGUUAAAUAUGGAUCAACAUAAUUCCAAUGCUAAACGCCUCAAUGUACCCAUGACACAGGAAGAUUUUCUUAAAAACUUAAGAGGUUUAAAUGGUGGUAGCGAUUUUGAUCAGGAGGUAUUGGCCAACAUAUUUAAUGCCAUCAAAAAUGAAGAAAUUGUUAUGCCAGCGGAACAGACCGGUUUGGUGCGUGAAAACUAUUUGUGGAAAGUGUUACUAAGGCGUGGAGCCACCACAGAUGGCUCCUUUAAUUAUGUACAUGAUUCUACGUAUGAUAUGGAAAUCUUUAAUGUCAUAUGGGGACCCUCGCUGUCCUCAUUAAGUUUUAUGUUUGAUAAAAGCAGCGAUAAUGGUUAUCAGAGGACUUUAACGGGCUUCACCAAAUGUGCUGGCAUUUCAGCUUUUUAUAACCUCUACGAAGAUUUUGAUGCCUUGAUAUUGACUCUAUGCAAAUUCACUACCAUCCUAAGCAGUGCCCAACAGGAGGCCCCCAACCCAGCCUCUAAUGAAAUUGUCCAAGCUGUUAAUUUUGGCCUUAAUACCAAAGCCCAGGCAGCCAUGCGUACUGUUUUUGCUUUGGUCCAUGAUUAUGGUGACUCGUUGAGAGAUGGCUGGCGCCAUAUCUUGGAUAUUUAUUUGCAACUUUUCCGUUUGAAAUUGUUGCCCAAGUCUUUAAUGGAGGUGGAAGAUUUUUGUGAACCAACCGGCAAGGCUCAAUUGGUACUAGAGAAACCCAGUCAAAAACAAGAAUCCGGUUUAUUCUCCAGCUUGUAUUCCUAUCUUUCGUCGGAGGGUCAACGUGAGCCUUCCUACGAAGAGCAGGAGUUUAUAAAAAUUGGCAAGAAAUGCAUCAAAGAAUGUCAAUUGGAUCAAAUGAUACAAGAAUCGAAAUUUGUGCAACUCGAAUCAUUGCAGGAGUUGCUGAAACAGGUGUUGGGUUCGGUAAAGGCUCCCAAUGCUCACAAAUCCAUAGGUAUGCCUUAUGCCGAGGAUCUGGUGGUAUUCUGGAUGGAGUUUUUAGUGAAAAUUGUUAUUUACAAUAGAGAUCGCAUGAUUCCCUUGUGGCCGGCUGUCAGAGAUCAAAUGUAUUUGCUGCUUAUGGGCAGCUCAUCGUGUGGCUAUGAUUAUUUGUUAAAUCGUUGCAUAGUAGCCAUGCUUAAACUGGCCAUUUAUCUGAUGCGCAAUGAGGAGUUGUGCCCCGUGGUGUUGAAGUCAUUAAAAAUGCUGCUCAUGCUAAAGCCCAGCGUUAUUUUGCGCAUUUCCCGGCAAAUAUCUAUAGGCAUGUAUGAAUUACUCAAGACUUCGGCUCAAAAUAUACAUUCCGAACAGGAUUGGCAAAUAGUAUUCACCAUAUUGGAGUGCGUAGGCGCAGGCGCAGAGCCGCCAGAAUAUGAAGAUGCCUCAUUGCCGCAGCCCAAUGGCAUGGCCGCCAAAUCGGAUGGCGCCUUAAGCAGUGAAGAUGAUUCUGGACUGCCAGACAGGGGUUAUAUAUCAGACUCUGAAUUGGCGGGCAACAACAAACAGUCCAGGCCUCAACAGGUCCAGCAAACCGGGCAGCCACAAAAUUCCAAUACCAGCAGCCCCUUUCCCAACAGUCCUACCGCCGAAAACUGGAUUUUGGUUAAUAAAGAUACAGAUUUAACAGCGGCUGCUUCGCGGCCUCAAUCACCUCCCGAAUCUAUAGCCGGAGCCCCAGUUUUAUCUAAUCUUAUUUAUAACUGCAAACUCAUGGAUCACAUGCCAUUUGCUUUAUUCAAAUGCUGGGACUCUUUGGCAUUUAUUGUGCGCAAUGUGGCCCACAUAACGCCCUACAACUUUGAGAGUUGCGUCAGAUGUAUACGCACUUUUGUGGAGGCCUGUCGUGAUGGCGGCAUACGGCAACGGCGUAAAUUUGAUGCUGCUUUGGCAGCCGGUGCCCAAAAUCAAAAGAAAAGAUCUGCAAACAAACGUAAUGAUAGGUCUUCGGAACGCUCCAAACACAAUAGCCAUGAUAAUCAUGGCCAUUUGGAUAAUGCCGGCGAAGGAGGAGAGGAGGGUGAUGAUGAUUUGGCUCAACGUUAUGAAACUUUAUCGAUACAAUUGCUAGAUCUCAUGUACACUCUCUACACACGCACUGCUCAAAUAUUCCGCUGGUGGGCCGAAGAAGGCUGUGCUGUGCCUCAGUGUUCGGCUUUGUGGGCUCAAGGCUGGUGCCCUCUUUUGCAGGGAAUUGCCCGUUUGGCCAUGGAUAGACGCCGUGAGGUGCGAACCUAUGCCAUAUCAUGUUUACAGCAAAGAGCUUUACUCGUACACGAUCUGCAAACUCUAUCGGGCACAGAAUGGGCUUCCUGUUUCCAGCAGGUACUCUUUCCCCUGCUCAACGAACUGCUGCCCGAUAGUCAGGCGGUGGCUCUCUUAGAUCCCAUACUUUUGGAAGAAUCACGCAUACGUACCGCCACCAUUAUGUCGAAGGUAUUCUUGCAUCAUCUAACACCACUCAUCGAGCUGGGCAAUGCCUUUAACGAAUUGUGGAUACAAAUCUUGGAUUACAUAGAGAAAUUCAUGAAAGUUGGUUCCGACAUGUUAUCGGAACAAAUGCAAGAAAUUUUAAAGAAUAUGCUGCUGGUCAUGCAUUCAGUGCGUGUGUUCCACAACAAUGAUGGCACUCUACACAUGGUGUUGUGGGAGUUAACAUGGAAGCGUAUAGGAGAAUUUUUACCAAAUCUUAAAGAUGAAUUGUUCCGGGAUGAGGGCAACCGAGCUCAUGUUAUGAAUCAAACACAAGCUGCAAUAAAUGCAGAUCUAAGUAGAAUACCAGCGGUAGCCAUAGUACCGCAACAGCAAACCACACCAGCAGCUGUUUCCACAAUGCAGGUAAUACAAUCACCUUUACUAAUGUCACCCAUGGAAUCGCCACGUCACAGCAUUAUAUUACAGCCUCCAGAAGCGGAUAUUUUACAAAAGCCCGCCUUUAUAUUGGGACAAAUACCACCUACUACUAUGGCCCAUAUGCCCAUGAUUGUACCUCAGCAGCAACCAGAGCCGGUGCAAACUCCUUUAACACCCCCCAAAUUAGAUGAUAUACCCUCUACUAGUGAUAUUUUACUAACGCAAACUAUAGAACCAGAAGCUACUCUAACUACCAACACCACUUCGCCCAUACACCAGCUAACAGCUGCAGAGGCUGUUAGUACAAUGACCAAUGAACAGAUGAUGACAAAUCAACAAGCCACUAAUGUUCCUACAGCCGUUAACAACACACCCUUGAGUUCCACAAUGACAGAGAUGACAGCUGGUUGUAAUUCAUAUUCCAUAGAACUUUUUGAUACGCCACCAACACAAGCAGCCACUACAGGGAAUGUGUAUCAGGAGCAGCACAUGCCUACUGCAAACCCAGAUGGCCAACAACAAACAAACGAAACUCAACAGAAGCAGGAAAGCAUGCGCCAAUUACUGCAGCAGCAAUACAAUCAAUAUUAUCAAAACUAUCAACAACAUCAGAGCCUAAUGCAAAAUAUGAAUAAAACCGCCAAUGAUACGUUGAACACUAGUAGAGAGCCAACCAACAAUACUAGUACCUUUAACAGCAGCAUCUUAAGUGGCGAUGAUGUCUCUACCAUAGCUGAAACAGCUGAUGAUUAUAGACCACCCCCCACAACAGCUCCUUCAUCAUCAGCAGCCUCUAACACGAAUGCUAAUGUGCCAAUUUCCCAUUUAUUGGCGGGCAAUGAGUAUCCCUCGCUACACAAGCAGCCACCAACUGCCAUUGUACAAAGUUUUGCCCCCGUCUAUGUGCAGACAGCACAACAGCCACAGUCCGGCAAUGAUAUCUAUCAGGAAUAUGUGCAAAAUCCCUACAAUUUAACCCUGCAACAGCAAACUAAUGCCACAAUGAUCGCUCCAUUGGUGAGUGUGGAGCAACAUCAGGAAAAUUUACGACAAUUACAAAUGCAAUAUCAACAACAGCAGGCUCAGGCUCAACAACAGCAGCAGCAGCAACCCACAGCACACCCACAUAAUCAUACGGAAGCAUUUAAUAGCCCUGCCAAUUAUUUCUCCUCCACUGUGGAUCCUAAUACUAUACCACCUGGUUCGGAAAUGCUGUUUGGUCAACCCUAAAAUGCAAUUUAAUUUAAAACGGUUACAAUAUAGACAUAAAAAUAAAA